AUGGCCAAUGACAACGCGAAACUCUCCAAAAACCUCUUGCGUAUGAAGGUAAGAAAUGCAUGCUAACUAGUUAGUUAUCCAACUAGCCGCUAGCUAACGUUAGCAAAGUUGCCUCUGCUAGUAGACACGUUGCUAAACCUCAGUCUGAUGGAGCUGUUGAUAAAUGGUAAAAGUGGCAUCCAACUAAAACCAUCUCUGAUCUAGCUAGCUAGCCAAGUAACCUGGCUAACUAGGCUUGAGCAACCAGGCUAGCUUUGCUGGCUAACUUAUUUGGUUUGUCAGGUGAGAUAUCUUUGUCAACACACUUUUCAGUAAGCUAACUAGAUAAGUAUUGUGUUUUGUAGCUUGUUCAGACCUAUGGCUAUGGGUUCUCUCCAACACCUUUUCAAUUGUAAGGGAUUCAUAUGACACCCUGUUGAAGUUACUCAGCAAUGUCAGACUCCAAUGCACGUCUUGUACUGUACUUCUACAUUUGCCAUUCUGUCUACUAGUUUAUGCAAAGAGGCCUGGAUGCAGAUACAAAGAAACAACUGGAAGAAGAGGAGAGGAGGAUCAUCAGUGACGAGCAUUGGUAUCUGGACCUGCCAGAACUCAAAGCUAAAGAGUAUGACCCUUUCACUGUCCACCUGCACAUAUUGGGAUAAUUACAUAAGGAUUGUCAAAGUUGCGUCAAUUCAAAUCUGGCAUUAGGAACAAAAGAGGUCAACACAACUUCUAAGAUAUACUAGUUAUUUUAAUUAAUGCAAAAACCUUUAAUGGUAAAUAUGAUGUUUCGUAUAUACGGGCUCCUUGAAAUACCUCGCAGGGCACUUCAGAGAACUAAAUCCAUUGUUCCAGGUUCUUCCUCAAAUACUCUGACAGAGAGAGAGUUUCCCACCUCUCUGCUGGCCAAUCAGAGUAGAGACUUGAGCGUGGUUUAGACUUACUCAGCCAAUCCGUUGGCGCACAGGCUAGUCCCCCCGCCUCUUAGCGCAUCCCUGUUUCCAGGCAUACGUUUAUCAUAACAACCUGUCAUGGUGAGAAGAGCCAGCUCCCCUAGACACCAUUCCUACGUCCAAGGAUGGUUCACAGAUCACAAAGAACCAGUAUUGUCUAGUAUUUGGAGACAUAAAUCCUUAUCUCAUUUUACCCCCUAAAACAGCUCUUCACAUCAAUCACAGCUUGCCAGGUGACACAACCUACAUUAGCCCAGUCAAGAAUGCAUUAUUUCUAAGUUAGUCAUCCCAUCAAUUAUAAAAAAUAAUAAAUCCCCCAUAGGAUGUAGGCUAGUUUGAAGACACAACUGCCACUCUUUUCCAAUGUCCAGCAACAUACCAUCAGACAUUGGAGAGAGAUUAGUAUUUUCUCUAGUGUCCUCGGCUCAAAUGUUGGCAUAUGUUAUAUUGUUCUUCCUGUCUUUGGUUAGGAAUUUCAUCAUAGAAGAAAGAAGUUUUGGGCCAUGUGAAGACCUGAAGUAUGGACGAAUGUCAUUCAAGGGGUUCAAUACAGAAGUAGAGGUACUUGUUUAUUUACAAUCACAGCUUUAUGGUUUAUCAAAUUAAGACUAGACAAAUUAAAUGUGAUUGUUUCAUUGGUGUAAAUGUUUAAUUCUCCGUCCAGAAACUAAUGAUAGUGAUGAACGCUCCAAAUGAGGAAGAGGAGGAAGAGGAGGAAAUUAGCAGAAUGGAGACUGAUAUCACAGAUGAAGACAUGGCUAGAAGGUAGGAAAGAACUCAUGUUUUAUUUUGACAUGAUUUCAAACUGUUUUGUUACAUCGCCGUCUGAUGAACUUUUCUCUCUACAUUGUAGGUAUGAGAGCUUAGUGGGAAGCAUGAAAAAGAAGUUUGCUAAGAAGCGGGAGAGGUCUGCGAUUGAGGAUGUUAAGCAAAACGCAACUGAGACAGAAACAAAGAGGGCUUUUUUGAAGCCUCAGGACUGA